ACUCCCCCGCCCAGGUUCGAGAAGGAGACGUCCGGCGCUUCUGCACUGCCAGGUCUGAAAACGUAACCCUCCAUUCCAAAAACUCGUCUGCGGAAGAAAUAGCAACAGAGAGUCGCUGUGUUGCUCCACGAUGCUUCCCCGCUGAGAAGGCCAAGAGCCUCUUGCCAGUUAGGCCUAGCCACAGUGACUGCAACUAGUUCGCCGACCCGGUGUCGCGUCCAACAAGUGUAGUAUUGGUUAGGUAGAAUAUCGGCUAGGGUCGAUCAGUCAACGUAAGGUGUUGCCACCAGCACCUCGCAGGUUCAUCUUCUGUGCCAAAGAUGAUCAGGUGCAGGUGAGAGAGUGUCGUUCUUGAAACGAUACAAAGAUCCCGCUGCUUGUACGAGUGCGCAAGACGAUCGUCACCUGCGAUGCAUCUCGGCGAAUUGAGAAAAAUGGUGAGGUGACGCCAGUGGGAACACAAGAACUCGUGCCCUGUUCUCUUUCUUCUAUCAUUGUUAACUCUCUACAAAUAAUGGUGCACUGACGAAAGUUGAAACAUGGCGUGCCUCCGCGUGCGAGAUGUGCUCGGCAUCGCAGUGUUUACACUUUUGUGGGCGGCAGCUCCGGUACAUGGACUACCGGACGUCGUACGAAUAGGUGGCAUAUUCGAGAGCGACAACCACCAGGCGCAACUCAGCUUCCGCCAUGCCCUAGACAAGAUCAACAAGGACAUCACCCUGUUGCCCAAGACCGAGCUUAUGCCUGUCAUACACGAGGUGAAGCCAAAGGACAGCUUCUCCGCAUCCAAAGCUAUUUGCACGUCCUUCAAGCAGAGGGUGUCUUCAAUUGUUGGCCCCACUUCGCCGGCCGUGACGUCACUCGCCAUGUCCGCUUGCACAAACCUGAACGUGCCGCACCUGCAGACCACGUGGCACCCGACGUCGAACCGCAACCCAUACACCCUGAACUUGUUCCCAGAUCCGGACCUUUUCGGAAAGGCCUUCUUAGAUAUCAUACUGAACAAGAAGUGGAAGACCUUCACAAUACUGUACGAGGACCAGCAGAGCUUGAUUUUGCUCAAGGAUGUGCUAAAUAGCUCCUUCGCUCAAGACCAUACGGUCUCACUGGUUCAAGUGAACCCAAAGUUGUCCUUCAAAAAGAUGAUGAAAGACAUCGGCGUCACCAAACAGUACAACAUCAUCUUAGACAUCAAGACGUCGUCCCUACCAGCACUUUUGAGAGAGGCCAGAGAAGUAAACAUGAUGACGUACUACCACAAUUAUAUCAUCACUUCCCUGGAUCUGCACACUCUUGACUUGACCGAAUUCUCGGACCUCCAAGCCAACAUCACCGCAUUCCGACUGGUGGAUCCACAACGACCAGAGGUCGUGGAUGUCGUCCGAGACCUAAAGAUCGGCAGGGCACUCUGGAGAUACGGCGCCACCAACUACUCGGACAUGAUUUCUAUCGACACAGACACAGCACUGAUGUACGACGCCGUGACUCUCCUCGCCACCGGGCUUCACAAUGCCGACCGUGUGAUGCAUAAUCUGGACCUGCAGUCACUUAACUGCGAUCAACCGAAACCUUGGAAACAUGGAUCAUCUCUACUGGAGUCUAUGAAAAUGACAACAAUUCGGGGAUUGACGGGCGACGUACGCAUCGAACACCGUGGAAUUCGCGAGGACUUCUACAUGGACGUCAUUGAACUUAAGUCGAAAGGAAUGAUAAAGGUAGCCACGUGGCACCCAGUGAAUGGCCUCGCAUACUUUGUCAAUUACACCCAGCUUGCAGAAAAAGAGUUUACAGACAAGCUCGAAGGCUUGACCCUGCGAGUUACUACAGUCGAGAGUCGGCCAUACACGAUGAUACACCCAGAAGGAAGCAACAUGACCGGAAACGAUCGUUUCUACGGCUACUGCAUCGACCUUAUCAAGAUGCUGGCGAGGGAGAUAGGGUUCAAGUACGAGUUCUACCUCACUCCCGAUGGUGCGUACGGAAAACCGCAGGCCAACAAUGAGUGGAAUGGAAUGAUCAAAGAACUACUAGACAGGAAGGCGGACGCCGCCAUCGUGGACCUGACCAUUACGUACGAGCGGGAGUCCGCGGUGGACUUCACCAUUCCCUUCAUGAGCACGGGCAUCAGCAUCCUCUUCAAGAAAACGGAAAAGAGCGAUCCUUCGCUGUUCUCCUUUCUCCACCCGUUCUCCAUCGACGUGUGGCUGUACAUGCUGACCGGCUACUUGGGCGUCUCCCUGCUCAUAUUCAUCAUGGGCCGCUUCACGCCCUAUGAAUGGGUGUCGCCACACCCGUGCGUUCCUGAGGAAGGCGACCUGGUGAACCAGUUCAAUCUACCAAACAGUUUCUGGUUCACGACGGGAGCCAUCAUGCAGCAGGGAUCAGAGAUCACGCCUAUUGCCACGUCAACGCGCAUCGCAUCGAGCAUGUGGUGGUUCUUUUCUCUCAUCAUGAUCUCGUCGUACACUGCAAACCUGGCCGCCUUCCUGACGGCGCAGCGCAUGACGUCGCCAAUCGAGAACGCUAACGACCUCGCCAAGCAAACAAAGAUCUCUUACGGGUGUCUCGAUGGUGGAUCGACGUAUCGCUUCUUUGAGAACUCGGACAAUCCGCUGAUCAAGCGGAUGUGGACAACGAUGAACGCAGUGAGACCAUCGGCCUUCACCAAGAGCAACAAGAAAGGCGUGGAGAGGGUGAAGCGAGGUGACUACGCGUACCUCAUGGAGUUCUCGUCCAUCGAGUACGAGGUGGAGCGGGACUGCAACCUCACGGCCAUUGGAGGACUACUCGACAACAAGGGGUACGGCAUCGCAACGCCACCUGGCUCACCAGUGCGCUCGGUGCUAUCCUCGUACAUCAUCCGGCUGCAGGAAAGAGGAGAUCUGGAAAUGCUGAAACGCCGCUGGUGGCGCGUCGAGGGCAAGGACGCCUGUCCCUUGGAUACAGCCGCUUCGGCCACCAAUGAGAUGGGCCUUUCGAACGUGGGUGGAGUGUUCCUGGCGUUGAUAUUCGGCUGCGCCGGGGCCGUUGUCAUCGUCACCCUAGAGUUUUUCUGGAAGAUCAAGAAAAUGCCUUACGGGGAACGGGACUCAGUCUGGAUGGAGCUGUGGAAGGAACUGAAGUUGGUCAUUUCCUGCAAGGGUUCCAAGGACAACCCACAGAAGACACCGGAUGAUUCGCUGUCGAACAGUAUAGGACUGAGUUCGUUGCACCACAUCAACUACAGCACCACGAGCAUAAACCCAGCCGCCAACGCCACUCUGACCAAAGCGGCGUUGCGUGGGGACAAUAGGAGCACGGAUAAAUAUUGAACAUUAUUCCGAUCCUUGCGUUAAAAUGUAGUGCCUUACACCCGACAUUCCUGAGUACGCAAGCUCAGUUGAAUCCUGCAAUCUGCAAUACUGAUAUUUAAUGCAUGCACAGUGCAAAAUAAUUGCCAAUUUCAGACCUAAUUGGCAUUUUGGCGUCCUCCUAAAAUAAUGGCUCGGCUUUACAAGCAUAUAUUGGCAGGCCUUUUAUGUCGUUUAUCGCUAGAAAUUCUCAAUUAAGCCCAUAAGAAAACAUAGGUUUAGAAAAAACUGCAAUAAAUUAUGACAAAUUGAGCAUUAUGAUCGAAUAUUCAAACCUAUAAUAAUA